AACUAUCAGUAUCCUAGCAACCACAAACGCCAGCCAGCGUUCUGCGUAGUCAAGCUUGGGUUUUCAGUUUUUGUGAGAUUUUAUCAAACUUUUAAUGUAACUUAGCUUUUACCUUACCUUUACUGAGUGGUUUUAGCCAAGAAGAUGGACGUAUUACUCGAGGCACAAACCAAACCGCUUUCUAUACUGUCUGCGUUUAGUUACGUCCCACCACGACGGAAGGAAGAAAUGUCGUACUUUAACAAAGGCUCAAAGGCCCCAGAAGUGUUCACCUACGACCAAGUGUUCCAACAGGAAGAGGGUUAUGACAUGAGACUGCACCGAGAUGACAGAAAACACUUUAAAGGAAGAGGACUAGACAUCAACGAGGAGGAGAAGUCCAGAGCCAUACCGGUUCGCACCUCUGCAGAAUACGGCCGCCGUCCCGUUCCCCUCACCUACCAAACAAGCCAGCAGCACUCACGCGUGGCUUGCAUAAAAGCAGAAUUUUUCAUGAAAAAUGGAAUCGUCUGGAAUGUGGCAGAAGGAUACGGAUCAGUGGUCCCUGUUUGAGUGUUUGUUCUCACUGUGAAAAGAAUAAACUAGUGUUGUAGUGUGUAGAUUGUACUUGGGUCCAGAGUAAAAAAACAACAUUUCAACCAUCAUCAUUUAAUCAGAUGGCGUUUGAUUAUGGUAUAUUAUUGUAUUCUAGGUAGUCAUUAUUAUCA